AUGGCAAAGGGUAAAAGAAAAUCAAAUGAGCCCAAAGGUCGAAAAAUCACACUUAGGAUGGCCAAGAAUGCAGUAAAGCUGACGAUGGAUGGCAAACGCCGUUUAGACCUAAGCAACAUGGAGAUCACCACAUUCCCUAAGUGCAUUCUCAAACUGUGUGAUGUGGAUGAACUGGACCUGAGCCGCAACAUGCUGAAGAAGAUUCCUGACUCAAUCAAUAAGUUUGUCAACAUCCGAUUGCUUGACUUGCAUAGCAACCAAUUGGAGCAGCUUCCAGAGGCUAUUGGUCACCUGCAGAAACUACAGAAUCUUAACAUAUGCAACAACAUGCUAACCACCUACGGGAUCCCACAUACACUUGGACUUCUUAGGAACCUGAAGAAACUUAACCUGGGCAUGAAUCGAAUUGAGACGGUUCCAUCUUUCAUUGCAGGACUGAGGGAGCUAUGCGAGCUCAGGCUCUUCAACAACCUUUUGACUCAAAUUCCUCUGUGGCUCCAGAAUUUGCCCAACCUUCACAUGCUCAACAUAAAGUGCAACCCACUACCUUCAGAAAAUCCACCAAAACUAGACCCUAUUCAAAGGGUAGAGAGCCUCUACUUGGUUAGGAAAGAUUGCUUUUGUAGUGAAUGUCUUAAGAAGUGUAAAGAAGAGAGAGACAGGUUGGACAGAAGGCUUACUGGACAGACUGUACAGAGAAAAACCAUAAUUGCUGACUUAAUUAUGACUAAUUCCAAAGAGCAGGGUGAUGAAGCAACAUGCAGAUAA